AUGGCAGGCACGUUUUCAUCAGUCUCAACGUGUUUUGGUGAAGACUACAAGGGCUUCGUCCUCGAAUCACCUCCGUUCUGCGUGAAGGCUACCAAUCGUGGUGUAGACAUCGUGCACAUUCCGGAUCGGCGAUGGACUUGCCGAAGACGCACCACUUCGUCAUGGCGUUCAUGA